CUGCCAUUAUCUGGACUCAGAUGUUGCUGUUGGUGGAAUGUUACUCUAUACAAACUAAGCGACAGCUAGCUAGCGUUAGCUAGCAAAUAUGUGAGUCUCUUGAACAACGUUUAAUUUACCAAGGAUUAAUCCUAGACGUUUGGCAGUUGGCUGGAUGGAAACAGCUCUUUUGCAUCCGUGUAGCGUGGAGGACUUGUCCUAGAAAAUAAUGUUCAAAAGCUAUAUUGCUACGAAACAUGUGGUGUCACUAACGUUACUUUUUGUCCAUUACUAAGUGAGAGCGGGACGCUAGCUUGAACUUGUGUUAAUCUAAUCAAGAGGCUUGGUUGGUGACAGUGUCAACACCGUCAGGCAUCUCCUCUCAAACCUCUCAGGCUGAUUGAGGGCUGUCACCAUGGAGCCUGCCUGCCGCAAAGACAAGCCAAAGCUGAACUCCACCCCGACCAGAGGAGACAGGGCCAAGCAGAAAUCUGCACAGCAAGAGCUCAAACAGAGACAGAGAGCAGAGAUUUAUGCUUUGAACAAGGUGAUGACAGAGUUGGAGCAGCAGCAAUUUGAGGCCUUUUGUAAACAGAUGCAGUCACAGGGAGAAUGAGUCCCGCCUGCUCUGCCGUCCUCUUUCAUCUGGACCACGACCUGUCAACCCUCCCAAAAUACCAUGUAUACACACUGUUACAUACACAAUUAUAUUUACACAGAUAUUUUGGUAGAUUUGUGGUGCUCUCUUACUUCCCCAGAAGACUAAAAAAUACUACUUGUUUUCUGACGUGGGAUCAGACAGUCUUUGCCCCUGAUGUUUUUACUGACUUGAGUUCCUGACUUAAACAUUGAGAACAGGAAGCAUAGUUAAAUAUUUCCUACAGACACAUCAGGCCACUGGCAUUACCUUUCCUUGAAUAUCAACCUUUGUAACAUUUAAGUAAUGGUUAAACUGAGCUUGCAUGCUGUUUUUUUUUCCUCUUGUGUACUAAUUCACAUUUAUAUGUUUCAAGUUGCCAAGGUCAAAUGCACAUAUUAACUUUACAUGAAAACAUUCACAGGCACCACAGUGUUGAUAACUGAAAAAACGGCCAGUUAAAAGCACACCUUUGCUAGGCAGCUUGCCUCUGUAGAUCUAAUUGAAGCUGUAUGUACCACUAGCAGACAGAAAGUGAAUCCACAAUAACCUCAUGCAAAGAGUCUUGAUAUGUGAUCUCAGUCCAUCACAUUCUAAUUGGCCUACAUUUUGAUACAUUGGCUGAUGUUCCUUGUGUUGUGUGUGCGCACAACAUGACCAUCCCACUCAAGUCCUUGCUGUCAUCUGUUUGAAUGGGUUUGGUACCCCUCUAGCUGUGGAUCGAGUCAGAAACUCCUGAGAGAUAUAUCUGGGUCUGUAUUUAUCAAGCGUCUGAGAGUAGAAAAUCACUCGUAACUGGUUAAAAAUCCUCUCAGUGACGCCCUUUCAGGUCCUAUUUUUAGGACUUAGUGUAAAAGUAUUGUAUCCACUUUCUCAGCUUAUGAAAUUAUUCCUAUCUCGGCUCAAAUUUAGGAGAGCUCCAGAGGAGUCGUGACCUUUUAGGAGUCACCAGAAGAUGGCAGGAGAGAUGUUUUGGGAACGCUUGCUGACAAUAAGCCUAUUUUGACAAAAACUGAGUUAUUUUUCUAACUGACUUUGUGAGAGGUGCAGAGGAGAACAUAGGCUCUUCCUGCAGAAACCACUGUCCUCGCAGUGUUACACUUUUUUUCCAACAGGAAAAUCGCAGCUUUGUGAUAAUUCUGUCAGAACCAAAAAUUUCAGGACUCAUUAACGGAACUUUGAAUUGUCUUCCAAUGUAUCAUAAAAAUAAAGCACUUGACUCAGGGGUCAUGUGCAAUGUUCAGUUGGCUUGUUAAUGACUCAGCACAAUUAAACUUUCAGUGUACAAUGGCGCUUAAUCAGUCAAGCUCCCUUGUGUAGUCGUCUCACGUCAGAAAUACAUCAUAAUCUUCCGCCAGGAACAAGUUUUUGGGAGAAGGUUCAAUGUGCCUCUGACUUCUAACAUCCACUUGUGAAGAUAAUUCAGUUUUUAUCAUUUACUACCAUACGUGCUGAAUGGUGGUUGAAAUUUUUUUAAUUGUUACCUUUGUCCCUGAGGCUGCAGUUUGUGACUAUAUUGCUAACAUCACUACAGCUAAAUCUCAUUUUUGUUGGCUCGGGACCUAAAUGAUGCGGUGCUAAACUGCUUAUCACUGGCCAUGAUAAAGACCACUAGUACACUAAACUGACAAAAUACUGGGGACCACAGCUACUGUUUAAGGACUGCAAUUCAUCGCCACAGCCUCUGAUUCUAAGUUGGAGUGGCAGAACAAAAGGGAAUUCAGUGAUUCUUAAACAUUGCUUAAUGUAGCUUUAAACUAACAGUGCCCUUAAUAUCAGUGUUAAUGGUGCGCGCUUUGAACACUCAUGUCAGUGACACGCAAUGCCAACUGGCCUGUAUAUGAAUUUUUAUUGCAUUUUAUUGUUACAGUCACCAGUUUGCAGUCUGACUUCUAUUUAUGGCUGACAGCAGCAAAAUAUUUAUAUUGUAUAACACAGUAUGUCAGCCGAUUUCAUUUCCGCUAUACAAUUUUGAUUUAAUAAAAAUAAAAGUGAAAGUGAGUUUUUAAAAAAAAAAAAAAAAUGUGUGUUUCUAUUUGAUAGUGUCUGCAUUUUAUACGAAGUAACACAGGAGGUCAUGGUCCUAGCUAUGUACUCCUUUGUAACUCAUGUGUCCUCUUCAUCAAAUGUGGCUUAUCCAAUCAACCUAACAAGCUCUUAUUAGGUUUAGAUAAUCUCAAUUGGCAUCCAGCAAAUUUGAAUCUUUGACACAGUUUGAGGAUUGAUUUGUUAAUCCUGCAUGACGUUAUCUUGAAUAACACUGUGCUGUUAUUUUGAAAUUAAAGCAAUACGAGUAA